AUGGUAAACUUGCAACUAGAUACCAGCAACCCGGUCUACUUCUGGAAGCCAGCAGAAGAAAACGGGCAUUUCGGACAGUGGUGGCCUUCCUCGUUCUCGUGGGAACACGAGGGGCAGACAUUCACAUAUGCAAAUGCAGAACAAUACAUGAUGCAUCGCAAAGCACUACUUUUCGCUGGGCCCGACCAUCCCAUCACCGAGGAGUUGCGCACGGGGUGGAAAACCCAUCCGAGGACUCUUCGCAGCCUAGGCCGGAAGAUUCCCAACUUCACGGACGAGGGAUGGGAGGAACAUCGGUUCGCGAUUGUUGUUGAGGCCAGCUAUCUCAAAUUCUCACAGAAUGAGGACCUGAGGCAGAAGAUCCUGGCAACGGGGAAGCGGGAACUGGUCGAAGCCAGUCCCAGAGACCGCAUAUGGGGCGUGGGGUUUGCGGCCAAGGAUGCCGGUGCCCAAAGACACAGGUGGGGAUUGAAUCUUCUAGGGAAAGCGCUCAUGGAGGCUAGGGAUAGACUAGCCAGGGAGAUCUCGGACUUCUAUAAUGCCCUCAAGCAGACCAAGAUUGCGCAUUUCACCGCCACGAAUUCUGAAUAA